AUGGCGUAUGACCGCUAUGUUGCCAUUUGCAAUCCUUUACGUUAUCCAGAAAUUAUGGACAGAAAAGUGUGCUUCCAAUUAGCUGCUGCAUCAUGGUUCUCCGGUUUCCCAGUUGCUACUGUCUCUACUAUAUGGAUUUUCAGCCUGCCAUUUUGUGGGCCUAACACAGUUAAUCAUUUCUUUUGUGAUAGUCCCCCAGUGCUGGAGUUGGCCUGUGCUGACACCUACAUGUUUGAAAUUGAAGCUCUCACAGCUACUGUGCUCUCAUUGUUCCCUUUCAUCUUGAUUUUGCUCACCUAUGUCCACAUCGUCAUUACCAUCUUAAGAAUGCCCUCAGCACAGGGGAGACAAAAAGCCUUUUCAACAUGUUCAUCUCAUCUUCUGGUAGUUACCUUAUUUUAUGGCACAGCCAUAUCUACCUACUUCAACCCUAGGUCCAAGUACUCGCCAGAUACAAAGAAGAUCCUCUCCCUCUCUUACACAGUCAUCACACCCAUGUUAAACCCUUUUAUCUAUAGUCUAAGAAACAAGGAGGUCAAACAGGCAAUGAAAAGAACACUAUGCUGGUAA